CAAUAUCUGGUAACAGUUGGGACUAGUAAACCGUCGGAUUCAGUAGAACCCAACUCCAUCGAUCAUCCUUACGGGUUUGUAAGGAGCAAACAGUACUUUAAGACGAUCAAACAUAUCAACUCCUUCGAGUUCAGUACAGUAUUGAUCUAAUGGGUAGAAGCCCUCCAUUGCUUGCCUCAAAGAAAUAAUUGCACACACCCCUACUGCACGGAGUCACGGACUGCAAGCCGGCGAACCCGGAAUGCAGAUCAAAAGAGAGAAGAGAAUAGUACAAAGAAGAAUAUACUCACUCAGGUCCAAUCUCCUUGAACACUGUGCCCUCCUCCCCUCUGCCCCUCUCUUAAUUUCUACAUGCAAAAUGACUAUCGAUCUGCUUAAUCUUUGCUGAUUAAUUUCAUCGUGCAAUUCAUUCUGGCACCACCACCACCACCACCACAUUUACUUGGUCCAUGGACUCGUCAAUCCUCAUACACACUAUUUUGGUAUCUGUGUUUCUCGUAGUGUGUGCUUUACUGCUUUUCUUCCCCUUGAUUUUGGGUGUAACACUAAUGACUAACCCAUGCUUCCUUUGGAUUCCUUCUGUUUUCCUCUGUCGUUACCUACCUCGGGAGUGGCCACAUUUCCGAUGCCAAAACCAGAAAAAGGGGCUUUCCCCUGACCUCUUUUCGGGGGCAACAGAGGUGCGCAAAAGACCAAAAAACCCAUCCUCGUGUAGACCAAAUUGUAGAAACCGUCAUGGCGCCACCUGUUAAAGUUUUGCAUGUAGAGGCCAGGACAAGUGUCUUUGGAGAAAGCUUUGAGGAACUAGGUGUGCGUUAUUGGAUUCACCACAUUGCCCCAUUUGGUCUGCAAAACCCAACUGCAUUUUCUUCCCAUUGUUUGUUUCUGGUGCCAGAAUCACCUGGAACAAGGCUUAGGCGCGAAGGUGUAAGCCCGCUUCACCCAGUUGUCAUGGUCCCUGGCAUUGUAACCGGUGGCCUAGAGCUCUGGGAGGGCAGGCCUUGUGCUGAAGGUCUUUUUAGGAAGCGACUUUGGGGUGGUAGUUUCUCAGAGAUCUUCAAAAGGCCUAUGUGUUUGUUGGAGCACCUAUCACUGGACAAUGAAACAGGGCUGGACCCUCCAGGAAUUCGAGUCAGAGCAGUUCGGGGACUCGCUGCAGCUGACUAUUUUGCUCCUGGCUACUUUGUUUGGGCUGUCCUCAUUAAGAAUUUGGCAAAAAUUGGUUAUGAAGGGAAGAACAUGCAUAUGGCUGCCUAUGAUUGGAGGCUUUCUUUCCAGAACACUGAGAUUCGGGACCAAGCUCUUAGUAGGUUGAAGAGUAAAAUUGAGCUUAUGUAUGCAAUCAAUGGCCAUAAGAAAGUGGUCGUGGUGCCUCAUUCUAUGGGGGCUAUUUAUUUUCUCCACUUCAUGAAAUGGGUCGAGUCACCUCCUCCUAUGGGAGGUGGUGGUGGUCCAAGUUGGUGUGCCACGCACAUCAAAGCAAUCAUGAAUAUCGGUCCAGCAUUUCUUGGUGUUCCAAGAGCAGUUAGUAAUAUAUUUUCUGCUGAGGGUAAAGAUGUUGCUUACAUCAGAGCUAUGGCUCCUGUUGUUUUAGAUUCUGAAAUUCUUGGGCUUCAAACCUUUGAACAUGUCAUGCGGGUAUCUCGGAGCUGGGAUUCCUUGAUUUCCUUGUUGCCAAAAGGUGGAGAAACCAUUUGGGGCAACUUGGAGUGGUCUCCUGAAGACGGGCAUAGCUGUGACCUGAUAAAGAAGAAAUAUCUGCAUUCCACUGCUGGUGAUACCAAUUACAACAAUAGCAAUAAGAAUAUAAUUUUCCAAGUAAAAGAACCUAUGAAGUAUGGAAGAAUAAUCUCAUUUGGCAAGGAAUCAUCAGAAUUACCCUCUUCAGAGCUUCCUGGUCAUGAUAUAAAGGAACUUCUUUACAGGGAUUCUCCUACCAAUUUCAACUCAUCAUGUGGAGAGGUGUGGACUGAAUAUGAUGAGGUAAGCAGGGAAAGCAUAAGAAAAAUUGCAGAAAAUAAGGCUUACACAGUUCAAACCCUUUUUGAUCUGCUACGCUUUGUGGCACCAAAAAUGAUGCAACGGGCUGAGGCUCACUUCUCUCAUGGGAUAGCUGAUAAUCUUGAUAAUCCUAAAUAUGACCAUUACAAGUACUGGUCCAAUCCACUCGAGACCAAGUUACCCAUUGCUCCAGAUUUGGAAAUAUACUGUUUAUAUGGUGUUGGACUCCCAACUGAAAGAUCAUACAUAUACAAGACAUCUCCUUCUGACAAGUGCAAGAACAUCCCAUUCCGCAUUGAUAGCUCAGCAGAUGGAGAGACAGGCAGCUGCCUUAAAAAUGGAGCACAUUUUGUUGAUGGUGAUGAUACCGUGCCUGUAUUGAGUGCUGGAUACAUGUGCACCAAAGGGUGGAGAGGAAGAACCAGGUUCAACCCAUCCGGUAUUGCUACCUACAUAAGGGAGUACCAGCACAAGCGACCUGGUAGUUUUAUUGAGGGAAGGGGUACGGAGAGUGGUUCACAUGUUGACAUCAUGGGAAAUGUGGCAUUAAUCGAAGAUAUCCUAUGCAUUGCUGCCGGAGCCACUGGUGCACAGAUUGGAGGUGAUAGGAUCUACUCAGAUAUUAUGAGAAUGUCUGAGAGAAUAAAUCUAAAGCUGUAACCUGUAAGUAUAUUUGGAAGAAUGAUCUCCUGUACUGGUAUGCAAUAAGAGAGUAGCACUAACAAGAGGGGAAUUUCUGCUUUGAGGUUCCUGGACAAUAA